AUGACGGCAACCUCUCUAGAAGGCUUAGGGCAGUCGAGGGAGAAUCUUGCAGACAUCAAGUUGGAAGAGAUCGACUUUGAGGCAGUCGACAAGUGUACAUCCGCUGCCAAGCUGGGUCGCUAUAUAACCCUUCUAGAGGCGGAUGGUGGUUAUUACAGAGAACUGCUCGCAAAAGCCAAAGAGAAGCUGUUGAGGAUCGACAAGAAAGCUUACUAUAAGUGCGAUGAUUCAGUGGGUACUAGAAAGGCAUGCCCGAUUAGGGAGGUGCGUUCCUGCGAUGAGGGCGACUCGAUAUCCGCUGAGAUGACUGCUGGAGACAGUGUCGACAUGAGAAGCGGGGAUGGUGAACCGAGAAACCCCUACGCACGAGAUAUGACGGCCAUGAAGGACUAUUACAGAGCCUGGGAUAGGUUCGAUGUCGAAGCUGCGUGCGAUGCUGUGGACGUUAAGGUAACCAACACGGAGGAGAGCGUAGCACCUGCAGAGGCUCCAUUGGCAAUCGACCAGAGUUUGUCUUCCGAACGAGUUGAGGCUAUGUCGGCAGCAGAAAGGCACGACAUGUGUGAGGCUGAGAAAAUAAAAGGCAAUGAGAGCUUCGCCUCGGGAGACUUGGAUGAAGCAGAGUUGCAUUAUACGAGGGCCCUCCGUCUCCGCUCGGAUGUAUCAGUACUAUGGUCCAAUAGAGCCUUGGUGCGGCUAAAGCUUCGCCGCCCUCGAGAAGGGCUAGAGGAUGCUCAGAGAGCCAUCGCGUUGGAUCCUAAGAAUGUGAAGGCCUUUCAUCGACGUGGUAAAGCUCGCGCGGAGUUGGAUUACCUCGAGGAAGCAGUGAAAGACUUUCAGACAGCUCUCAAGAUACUCAACGAUAGUGGCGCAGAGCAGGGAAUGAUUGGCAGAGUCAAUGCUGACCUUGCUACUGCCAGACGAAAGCUAAUUUACAAGCAACGCGCUCAAGUCAAAGAAGAGAUCGAGGCGCCAAAAAUACAGGAGAUUUUCGAUGAAUCACCAGUUGUGUAA